UUUCUUCUUCCAGAGAUGGCGUCGCGCAAGGAGACACCCGCCCCCGGCGCCACCGCUUCUUCCUCGGCUGUGGUCAAAGCCAAGGCGAAGUCGGCCCCGGGAGACUCGGCGGUGAAGCAAGUACAGAUCGACGGCGUGGUAGUGUUGAAGAUCAUCAAGCAUUACCAGGAAGAAGGCCAGGGCAAUGAAGUGGUCCAGGGUGUGCUGCUGGGGCUAGUGGUGGAAGACAGGCUCGAAAUUACCAACUGCUUUCCGUUCCCCCAACAUACAGAGGAUGACGCCGACUUUGAUGAAGUUCAAUAUCAGAUGGAGAUGAUGAGGAGCCUCCGCCACGUCAACAUUGACCAUCUUCACGUCGGCUGGUACCAGUCCACCUACUAUGGUUCCUUUGUCACCCGUGCCCUCCUGGACUCCCAGUUCAGCUACCAGCACGCCAUUGAGGAAUCUGUCGUUCUCAUUUACGAUCCUAUAAAAACUGCCCACGGAUACCUUUCCUUAAAAGCGUACAGGCUGACACCUAAAUUGAUGGAGGUUUGCAAAGAGAAAGAUUUCUCUCCAGAAGCGUUGAAAAAAGCAAGCAUCGCCUUUGAAAACAUGUUUGAAGAGGUGCCGAUCAUUAUCAAGAAUUCCUACCUCAUCAACGUUCUUCUUUGGGAGCUGGAAAAGAAGUCGGGAAUGGCAGAUAGACACGAGCUGCUCAGUCUCGCAAGCAAUAAUCACCUUGGAAAGAGCCUGCAGCUGUUGAUGGACAGAGUGGAUGAGAUGAGCCAGGAUAUUGUCAAAUACAACACCUAUCUAAGGAACACCAGCAAGCAGCAGCAGCAGAAACACCAGUACCAGCAGAGACGCCAGCAAGAGAACUUGCAGCGUCAAAGUAGGGGAGAGCCACCCCUUCCGGAGGAGGACAUGAACAAAUUGUUCAAGCCGCCACAGCCACCUCCCAGGAUGGACUCGCUGUUGAUUGCAGGUCAAAUUAAUACUUAUAGCCAGAACAUCAAGGAGUUCACUGCACAGAACCUGGGCAAACUCUUCAUGGCUCAGGCACUUCAAGAGCACAACAACUAGGGAGGAAGAUGAAGUGUUUAACAGUCUCUUGCCCAAGGAGGAGAUGCUCUGAAUCUCAGCUCGUUUUUGCUUAAGACAUUUUCCAUUGAUCGUUGCAAAAUGAAC